GAUUGGAUUAGAUAAAGAGGUUGGGUGGACGGGCUACUUUUACCUGGGGAUAUACUUCCUUGUCGCGUUCGGGUUGUGCUUUUGCAGUAGCUGUGGUCUAGUGUUUUGAAAUUGAUCCGAGGGGUUUACUUGCGGCUUUUCAGUAAGCUUUACAGAAACUGGGUAGAAAUUCGAUAAUGUUACAGUGCUAGAGUUGUUGUUGUUAUUUUAUUUUAUUUUUUCAAUGAAGCAUCACAACUUAGCCACCCACAGCAGGUUUGGGAGCUCAUUUGUGAAUCAGAAACUCAUCAUCCAUGGCUGUGUCCCGUCUUGGUCCCGCUCCAAGUCCAUCGGCCGUUCAAUGGAGUCUCUCCAGCAGGCCUCUCCCUCUCGCAACGAGUAGGUUCAGUGUGGUUCCAGUUCGCGCUUCGAAAAAUGUAGAAGAUGGAGAUACUAGUGGUGGGUGCGCGGCUCUAUCACGUCGAGCUUUGAUUGCUUUGAUAGCUCUGUCUACUCAAUUGGGUGGUGUUGCGUCGGCCCGAAACAUUAGUGCGACUGAGAGGAGUCGGCUUGAUAAUUUGCGCAAUAUCCAGAAACAAAGAAGAAAUGUACCUGCUGACGAUUCGGGUUUGGAUGUUUCCUCUCCUGCCAUUGCUGCGGACGUUUCAGGUCUCAUAGAGUCUUCAGUGGGCGAGGAGGUGUCCUCAUUAUCCCUGAGUGCAGUUGAAGUACCGAACACGCCUAAAAUCUCUCCAAUAAGCACUGACCUAGGGAUUAUAAAUGAAGUGCCAAGAGCUCUUGCGGACAGUGGAGUUGGUGCAGUUGAGGAAAAGAUAAACCAGUCAGCAUCUGAGGUUUCAUCUGGUGGGAGUAAUGGGUUUGGACCUUUAAGUCUUGGGGGUAUCUUAGGAACCGGUGUGGCGGGGGCGUUGUUUUAUAGCGAGCGACAAUCUAAAGCUCAGGCUGAAUCUGCACUUGAUGCUGCGAAAAAGCAGCUCCAGGAGCUUAGAGAGACCUCAGAAGGGCAAUUACUUGCAGAAAAGCAGCUAGCACAAAAGGAGGCGAGCAAGGCCCAGGAGCAACGCACAACGCUUACUAAUGAGCUCAUGGCUUCAAGAUCCUCGGUUACUGAUCUGGAAGGUAAGCUUCAAAUGGCAAAAGCUUCAGUGGUCGAUCUUCAGGAAAGGGUUUCAAGUCUGCAAGUCACUCUCGCGGACCAAGAGAAGAAUUACAGUUCACUGAAUGGAAGAUUUGUAGAGGAAAAAGAAGUAAGUGAAAAGCUACGGAAUGAAAUUACAACGUUAAAAUAUACGCUUUCGGACAAAGAAAAGGAUUACACAUCACUCAAUGAGAGAUUUGUGGAGGAGAAAGCAACUGCUGAAGAGCUGCAGGAGAAGAUUAAAGUAUUGAAGAUGGACAUCGAGGCUAAGGAAAAUGAAAUUAAUGUUCAAACUGCAAGGAUCAAAGAAGAACAGGACUCUGUUGCAUCGUUGCAAAAUGAGCUUCAAAUUGCAGGAACACAACUUUCUGAAGAGCGCAGUAGACUGACUGAAGUGAGCAGUAAACUUGCAACUCUUGAGGGUAGUUAUGCUGCUUCACAGGAUUUAAAUACACAGCUGGAUCUUUCGAUCAGUGAUUUGAAACAAAAACUACAGACUACAAACAGUAGAAAGGAGGCGCUCGAGAAAGAGGUGACAAGCUUGAAUGAAGUGAUAAACUCGCUGAAAGGAACCUUGGCAGAAGAGAAUGACAAGAAGGACACCCUGUAUGGCCAGCUCAAGGUAACUUCAGGGGCUUUAGAGAAGGCAACAUCGGAGGUGCAGUUGCUGGAGCAACGGGUUACGAAUAUGUCUGCAGCUGUAAAAGCACUUGAAAAAGAGAAAAAUGGUGAGAUCAAUCAACUUACCAAGGAACUCCAAGAGAGAAUUAAGUCACUUGAUGUGGCCCAGCAAAAAUGUCAAGCAUUUUCUAACGAAAUAUCCACUCUCAAGAGGCAGCAGGCAGCUCUAAAUGAAGAGUUGGACAACACAAACAAAGAAUUGGAGGCAUCAACCGAUGAAUUUAAAACCAUAAGUGAGCAGCUAACAGUCGCUGUUAACUUAAGUUUGAAGCUGGAAACCCAAUUAAACGAGACGAGAGCAGCAUAUCAAAGCGCAAAUGUUGCACUUGCAGAGGAGCGAAAGGUAACAGCUGCUGCUAAGAAUCAGUUAGCUACAACACAAAGGUCUCUCAUAGCGGAAAAGAACAGUGUAAAAGCUCUGCGAGGAAGUGUGGACCAAGCUCUCCAGGCACUUCAGGAGCUCAACCAAGAUUCAGUCGCCUUAGCAGAUGAGCUCGACAAAGCAAAAAAGAAAAUCGCCAACUUGGAGGCAGAGAGUGCAUCAGUACGUCAAAAGCUUGUUAAGGAGAAAGAAAUGUCUGCUAAUUUAAGAUCAGGGGCUGCAGAAGCUGAAGGUACUAUAGCUAGGCUCCUUAAGGAGAAUGACGCCGGCAAUAAAAAGGUGAAGCAGUUGGAAGGUGAGGUACUGAAGAGCAAAGGGGAGAUGGCCAAACAGAAGGGAAAGCUUUUGGAACAAAAACGUGCAUUGCAACAAGCUGAGACACGUCUGAAAAUGAUCCCUCAGGUUCGUGCGGAGGCUGCAUUAUUGGUUGAGAAGUACGAGGAUCUAGCUUAUCAAGAAAAAGAGCAAAAGGAAGCUAUAAUGCGUGAGAAUGAACAGCUGAAUAAGUCUGGCAAGACGGUCGGUGCAGACCUCAGUGAGGUUAAACAGAGCUUAGAGGACGGCAAGGCAGCACGAUCUGAAAUGGAAGCUGUUUUGUGGGCACUUCAGGAAGUCGUUGCGGAUAAUUCUAGCUAGAUUUAUUCAUGCCUUGUAUAAAGUUCAAGUAACUUUCUCAUUAAUACUCAUCUUGGACAGAUUUGCCUUCGUAGUGUUUCUCGAGAGGUUCACUAGAUGAGUCGCUUAUGUUGAGGUAAUGAGAAUGGUUGCACUGAGGACGUUUGUAGAGCGUGGAACUAGGUAUCGAGGUAUGUUUUGGCUAAUGUCAGACCACGAAAUCACCAGGAAUAAGCAUACGAGUGCAAGUAUUUAUUGAGUUCUACACUAAGGUAUGCACCUAAGGAGCCUAUAGCUCCAUUUGCAGGUAGAAACCAGCUUCUGCUUCAGGACUGAAAAUGUUUUCAGGAACCGACUUUUCACCAGAGUUGCGUUGCAAUAUAUGUCUCCAUCUUGACUUGUCUUCUCCAAC